UUCUCUCUCUCUCUCUGCAUUAGUUUCCCUUGGCCAUGCACCUUUACAGUUUUCUUUCCAGCUAGGACUUUGCUGAAUACACUCAGUUGAUUUCCCCCAGCUAAAACAUGCCAUGUGUGCAGAGAAACUGGAUUGCCAACUUUUCCUUUUGGGUCCAGUUCCUUCUCAUGCAAGCGCUCUGCUAUGGUAGAAAUCCUCCACCGGGCAGAUUUUUCUUUCCAGACAAGAGGCAAGAGCACUUUAUCCGGAUGCUGCAAGAAUACCACGUGGUUGGUCCUGCAAAAGUAGAUGCAAGCGGCCAUUUUCUCUCUUACAGUUUACACCAUCACACCUCAGAUACCAGGAGGAAAAGAGACUUCAGUAGAAAGGAAAACCUUGUGUAUUAUAAAAUUAAUCACAAGGAGAAGGAGCUGUUUUUCAACUUGACUGUCCAUCGAGGAUUCCUUUCUGCUAACUAUGUAUUGGAAAGGAGAUACGGGAACCACACUGGUGCAAAGAUUGUACCUUACACAGGAACCUCAUGUCACCUCAUUGGUACAGUCUUGCAGCCAAAUUCUGGGAAUGGACCAGCAGCGAUCAGCACUUGCAAUGGGCUGACUGGAUAUUUCCGUCUGCCUCAGGGGGACUACUUCAUUGAGCCUGUCAAAAAGCAUCCACUGGAAGAGGGAAUACCAUACCCACACAUAAUCUACAGGGCAAAUAUCCUUCAAAAUGCUUUAAGGCAACGCCGGGAGACCACAACAGACAAGGAACAAGCUUGUGGAUUGAAUGAUACCUUCAGCUUUUUCAAACAACAAGAGCAUCGGAGGGUUAGGUGGGAAGGAAAUCACAGGGCAGCCAAAACAAUUUCUCGGCGUUCUGUCAGCAAGGAACGAUGGGUGGAGACGCUGGUUGUUGCAGACAGUAAGAUGAUUGAAUAUCAUGGAAGUGACAAUGUGGAAUCCUACAUCCUCACUAUAAUAAAUAUGGUCACAGGAUUGUUCCAUGAUCCAAGCAUUGGCAAUGCAAUCCACAUCGUGCUCGUCCGCCUUAUUCUUCUUGAAGAGGAAGAGCGAGGCUUGAAAAUAGUUCAUCAUGCAGACAAGACAUUAGCCAGCUUCUGCAAAUGGCAGAAAAGCAUCAAUCCCAAAAAUGAUGUCAACCCAAUACAUCACGAUGUAGCUGUACUUUUAACUAGAAAGGACAUCUGUGCUGGCAUGAAUCGUCCUUGUGAAACCUUAGGUUUGUCUCAUCUAUCUGGUAUGUGCCAACCUCACCGGAGCUGUAAUAUUAAUGAAGAUUCUGGGCUGCCUUUGGCAUUCACUAUUGCACAUGAGCUUGGACACAGUUUUGGUAUCCAGCAUGAUGGAAAACAGAAUGACUGUGAACCUAUUGGAAGACAUCCAUACAUUAUGUCGCGGCAGCUACAGUAUGAUCCUUCUCCACUCACCUGGUCCCCGUGCAGCAAGGAAUACAUCACACGUUUCCUAGACCGAGGAUGGGGAUUCUGUCUAGAUGAUAUCCCAAAAAAGAAAGAUUUAAAGUCACCACUCAUUGCCCCAGGAGUUAUCUAUGAUGUACAUCACCAAUGCCAGUUGCAGUACGGCCCCACUGCUACUUUCUGUGAAGAGGUGGAUAAUAUUUGCCAGACACUCUGGUGCUCAGUGAAAGGUUCCUGCCGCUCAAAACUGGAUGCUGCCGCAGAUGGAACUAGAUGUGGAGAAAAGAAGUGGUGCUUCAACGCGGAGUGCAUUACAGUGGGAGAGAAUCCAGAAAUGAUAAAUGGUGGAUGGGGCACAUGGUCCUCCUGGUCCCAUUGCACACGGACAUGUGGGGCAGGAGUUCAAAGCGCAGAAAGACCCUGCAAUAACCCAGAGCCACAGUUUGGAGGAAAGUAUUGCACUGGAGAAAGGAAACGCUACCGCAUGUGUAACAUUCUCCCAUGUCGACGAGACACACCAACCUUUCGUCAGAUGCAAUGCAGUGAAUUUGACACAGUUCCCUACAAGAAUGAAUUCUACCAGUGGAUUCCAGUUUAUAACACAGCUAAUCCGUGUGAGCUCCACUGCCGCCCUGUAGAUGGCCAAUUUUCAGAGAGAAUGCUGGAUGCAGCUAGUGAUGGGACUCCUUGCUUUGAAGGCAGAAACAUCCGAGAUAUCUGUAUUAAUGGCAUGUGUAAGACUGUUGGCUGUGAUUAUGAGAUAAAUUCCAAAGCAACUGAAGAUCGAUGCGGAGUUUGCCUAGGAGAUGGAUCUGCUUGUCAGACGGUGAAGAUGAUGUUCAAUCAAAGUGAAGGAUUAGGCUAUGUUGACAUUGGACUGAUUCCAAAAGGAGCAAGGGACAUAAGAGUAGUAGAAGUGGCAGAAGCAGGAAAUUUCCUUGCAGUGCGGAGUGAAGACCCAAACAAGUAUUACCUAAAUGGGGGAUUUAUUAUCCAGUGGAAUGGAGCAUACAAAGUGGCAGGAACAACAUUUAAAUAUGAGAGAAAAGGAGAUCUCGAAAAUCUGACAGCAUCUGGACCCACCAAUGAGUCAGUGUGGAUACAGCUACUCUUUCAGGAAAAUAACCCCGGAAUAAAGUAUGAAUACACUAUACGUAAAGAAGGAAACCUUGAGAAUGAAGUAGGGGACCCAGAAUAUUUUUGGCAAUAUGGAGGCUGGACGGAUUGCAGUGUAACAUGUGGAAGAGGUGUUCAGCGACAGACAGCCCAAUGUGUGAAAAGGGGGGGAAGUGUGAUCAAAAACUCCUUCUGUGACCCAGAAAUGCAGCCAAAUGGACGACAAAAGAAAUGCAAUGAAAAGGAUUGUCCACCCAGGUGGUGGGCAGGAGAAUGGCAGAAGUGUUCAACCACCUGUGGCCCAACAGGAGAGAAGAAACGAACUGUCCUUUGCAUCCAAACAGUGGGAUCUGAUGAGCAGGCAUUGGCUGCUAAAGACUGCCAGCAUCUGCUUAAACCAAAGACCCACCUUUCAUGCAACAGAGAUGUUCUAUGCCCAUCUGACUGGACAGUGAGCAACUGGACUGAGUGCACAGUUACGUGUGGCGGUGGGAUACGGACUCGUAAAAUCAGUUGUGCUAAAAACAAUGAUGAACCGUGUGAUAUGUUCAAGAGACCAAAUUCUAAGGCUCUAUGUGGCCUCCAGCAGUGUCCUUCCACCAGACGACUAUUGAUACCCCCACUGAAACCAAACAGAGGAAAGAUCAUAAUCAGGAAGACAGCAAUUAAUCCCAAAAGAGGCCCAUCAAGCAGAAUACCCAUCCCUAAACUAGGCCAAAGAUACCAGACAACGACAAAAAUACCCGAGUCCCAAAGCACAACUGCUUUGGGCUCUACUUCCUCCAGUCCUGUCCACUCUUCCAAAAAGGACAACAUGGAAAAAAGAACAUUACAAAAUAAUUCUACCAGCUCAAAUAAUGAUUAUAAUUAUCCCUUUGUGUUAAAUGGAAACAGGUCACACCAAGAUAGUACUGUAAGUAAUAGUUCAAGUAUUGAAAAUAUAAGAAAUGUCCAAAAUGUCUCUAACAUAGAUCCGGACUCUGCUUCAGAAGGGGGCCUUGUUCAGAUAGGAGGGGCUAGUCGCACCACCUCAUUAACCAGAAAUCCAGAAGUAACUCCAGGCUAUGAUUAUUUAACUGAAGAGUCUGACAAUACUGAUUGGUCCAUAGAAGGCAAUGAAAAACCUACUGACGUCUCUUACAAAGCCAAAAGCAGCCCUGCAAUCAAAACCAGGAGCAAAACUCCAAACAUCAGGUCUCAUGUCAUUACUACUCCCAAAAUCUCACCAACAUUUUAUCAACAUGAAUCUUCUACACAGUCUACUAGUAGCACAGCAGCAGAAAGACUGUCACCUUCAACAACAGUGAACCUAAAAAGUAUCAGUGUGCAAAUAGAUACACCUGUCAUAGAAAAGGCCACCACAAAAGGACCGGUUACAAUAAAGCCAGCAAUGUUAGAUAACGUAUCAAGAACCCAGUUUGAAAAUGGAACAGAAAUGGAACCCUCUGACAAGAUAGAUUAUACCCAAAGCACAAAAUCUCCAAGUCGUGAAGAUUCUCCAAAGAACCACAAUACAGUUUCUGAGGGAAAAUUACCCAAUGCCACAGAAUGGGACUAUGCAAGAAUCUCCAAUAUUUUGCAUGGUGAUGUGUACUGGAUAGUGGGGAACUGGAGUGAGUGUUCUACCACCUGUGGUGUGGGGGCUUUUUGGAGACAUGUGGAAUGUAACAGUAAGAAUGAAUCUGACUGUCAGCACAUUAAAAAACCUGACCCUGCAAGAAGAUGUCAUCUCCGUCCAUGUGCUAACUGGAAAACAGGAUCUUGGAGCAAGUGCUCUACAAACUGUGGUGGUGGUUUCAAGACCCGUGAUGUUCACUGUACUGAUGUUCGUAAUGAGCGAGUUCUACGGCCUUUUCACUGCCAAUUAUUAGAACAUAAACCACAACUGAGCAUUAGCUGUAAUACAGAGCCCUGCUUCGAAUGGCGUUUGGAGCCUUGGAAUGAGUGUUCGAAAACAUGUGGUGGUGGUCUGCAAGAAAGACACGUCUACUGCCCAGAAGAGGACUAUUGUGACUGGACGGAAAAGCCUAACUCCACGGCACACUGCAAUGGGCAGCCUUGUACUCGGUGGAUAAAUGGGACAUGGAGUUUGUGCACUGCUUCCUGUGGAGGGGGCAUUCAGCAAAGAACAGUAAAGUGCCUCAAUACAGAAGAUAACGAAGCUGAAGAUCAAACUAUGUGUGAGCACGAGCUCAAGCCUCCAGAAUCUCAGAAAUGCAAUAUGCAAGCGUGCGGGAAAAGUGCAGGCCUGCUGUGCCACAUGGACAAGCUGUCCAUUAAUUUCUGCCAGAGACUGAAGCGGAUUGGCAAAUGUUUGGUGCCAUCAAUACAGACUCAAUGCUGCUUCACCUGUAACAGGCCCCAAAUUCCUAACAAAACAAGAUCUGGAAAUCAACAGCGCUUCAAAGAACAAAAUUACACCAAACCCAGAAGAAAAUUGCCUCCAAUCAAAAAAAGCAACAGCCAACCUCCUGCUGGGCACUAGGUGUUUUUCAAUCUGAUUAAUUUAAUCAGGGGUUCCAUUUACAGAGUUUUUUCUCUUUUAUAUUGAGCCAUUCUAUAUAGAUGGAAACCUAAAGAACUGAUCAAUAUUGGGAAAAUACAACCUUUAGGGCAACCAGUCCCAAUAUGCUUCUCCAGCCUUCUCUUUAAGACAGCCACAAAUUUGUCAUUGUGAUUUGCAAUGUACACCUGUUCCUGGUACUUCUUAUGCAUGCAUGGAAAACAGGUUAAGGACAUGCAUACAGGAUUAAUUUGGUCUUUACAUGAAUUUUGUGCUGUUUGUUUUUCUCCAUUUACAGUGGAAGAACAAACUAUGCUUCCUCCAAAACAGUAUUAAAAUAACAACUGGCACUUGUACAUAGCACCAUUUAGUCCCAGAUUCCAAAGGGCAAAGUUAUUCUAUCCUGUCUAUUGUAAUUACUGGGGCUUCUCUGCACACAACCUCCUAGGAUGCUAGUACUGGGCCGGGUAUACUGCAACUUGGAGGCAAGCACUGUAGGUGCUUCAGCCUUAUUGGUCCAAGCCGUAGUGGACCCCAAUAACUACUCAGACACACGGCCAAGGAAAAGGGCUGGCAGGAAAAGGAAAGGUUGCAAAUACCCUAGGUACAGAAGCAUAACCAGUUAUAGUUCAAAGUGAGCAAUUGUGGUUCUUGUUUGGGUCCCUGGGGCAGCCCAAUGGACAGUUAGGGCUCUUCAGGUCUAGUUCCUGAGGUGCUGUCUCCAGUCCAAUCUCUAUUCAAGUAAAUAGGCACUUAGAGAUUUCCAGGCCAGGAUGAGUUAGUGUUCCACAUUGAGGCCCCUUUGCUCUGGCUCCCUGCCCAGCCACUGUUCCCCUAUAAGUCCCAUACAGACCUGCAUUCAGCUGUAUCAUCUGGCAUUCACAGCCUGUUCUACAUAUGGUUCCUGGGGGGUUUGCUCUGAAAUCGGCUUCUCUGCAGCAACUUGCUUGCCAUGCAGCCACCAUUUCAAAACAGAGUCC